CCUUCUCAAGAGUUGUACGGACAUGGCGAUGAUGAGGAUAGAUUGCGUUAGCCACAUCACCAAUACUGCUCUGCUUCCAUGUCUUUACAACGCAACAGUUCUUCGCCGCCGCUCCCUUAGUCUCCGAAAUAGUGGUUUCCGAGAACGAAAGUUUCAGUUCCGAUGCGUCUCUGCUUCUUCCGAUUCGUUGCAGUUCGAUUUCUCGCCGCCUCCGAUUGACCACGAUCUCCAUGAUACGAUUACUGUUGCGGGAGGGAAAGUCUCAGAAGAUGGCGUUGUUGAGAGUUUUGAUAACGACGAUGAGGCUUUAGAUGCAUUUGAUAAUGGAGUGGCGGUUGUGGACCUCUCACAUUUUGGGAGGAUACGAGUUAGCGGAGAUGACCGAGCUCAUUUCCUUCAUAACCAAACUACCGCAAAUUUUGAAAGCCUUAGUGAAGGACAGGGAUGUGACACUGUAUUCGUCACCCCAACUGCUCGAACGAUAGAUAUUGCACAUGCCUGGAUCAUGAAAAAUGCAAUACUGCUAACGGUUUCUCCAACGACAUGCCAAAGUAUAAUUGAGAUGCUGGACAAGUACAUAUUUUUUGCUGACAAGGUAGAGAUCAAGGACAUCACCAAGCAAACUUGCUUACUUGCUUUAGUAGGACCCAAAAGCAAUCAAAUCAUGUCUAAACUGAAUCUGGGAGAUCUUAUUGGGCAACCAUAUGGCAAGCAUCAACAUUAUAGUUUUGAUGGAAUGCCAAUAACUGUUGGGGUCGGAAGUCUUAUUUCAGACGAAGGCUUUACCAUGUUAAUGUCACCAGGGGGUGCUGUUUCAGUCUGGAAGACUCUUUUAGCUGAAGGUGCCAUUCCUAUGGGUUCUGUAGCCUGGGAGAAACUUAGAAUUACUCAAGUCCUACUAAAAGGCAUGAUUGUUCGUUAUUCACCUAAUAAAGGCAAGAAGCUCGUAAGAAGACCAGCACCUGAGAGAGAGCUCAGCAAGGAUUUUAAUGUUUUGGAGGCAGGUCUAUGGAACUCAAUCUCUCUGAACAAAGGAUGUUAUAAGGGACAGGAGACAAUAGCAAGACUCAUAACUUAUGAUGGAAUCAAGCAAAUGUUAUGUGGACUUAAUCUCUCUGCUCCAGCGGGACCCGGCAGCGCCAUCACAGCUGACGGGAAAAAGGUGGGGAAACUAACAAGCUACACUACGGGGAAAAACGGGUCUGGCCAUUUCGGGUUAGGCUACAUCAAGAAAAAAGCAGCUUCAGUUGGAAACACAGUGACUAUAGGUGAAGAUAUUUCUGGGAUAGUGUCUGAAGUCCCUUAUCUAGCGCGACAACAUCCUCCAUCAUCCAACCCAAGUUCUUGAAUAUGUAAGGAAAAAUACUAUGAUGCAAGGAAACUACACAAGGACAACACACUGCAGCUUCACCUAAAUUCAUCAAGCGAAAAGAAGAAUUAAACGACGUUGUUUUGAGUUGACCGGAGAUCUAUGAGCAAAAACUGUAAUCUCAGUAGAACGAUAAAGAAGACCUUGCGAAAGGUGAAUUGGAAGAAGGGAGAAUACGACAGAGAAAGCUAAGAAGAUUGCAGCCAACUUCAUAUGUCUUUCUGUAAGUUUCUUCUCUCUCUUUGUUUUUCUAUAUAUUGUUAUGAUUAUGCGAUUGUCCCCAAACAAGCACUAACAAUUUUAAAAUAUUGACAUAUACACAUUGGACUGUGCAUCAUUUGUAUCCUGGAGUUUUUUUUCCGUUUUGGGUGGUAGUCUAUGGACGUAGCUAUAUAAUUGUUUAUUGCUUCAAUGAUUACAGUGGCUCAAUUUUUCUCUA